AUGCAUGUACUACCUCCCGAUUUCGACAACACCUUGAAUUUUGAUACGCCGCCCCGGGAGCACCCAUCUCUUUAUCGCUCCUUGCCCUGGGGAUAUUGUUCCCCUAGUAACCAGGAGAUCUAUACUGAUGGCUCUCGGAUGGAGGUAGACACACCUGGAAUUUUCCAUGCGUCACAUGCAAUGAUUGUUAAACAGGAUGGUAUUACUAUUUUUAAAUCCUCCACCAGAGUCACAGACAAUACUAAUAUCUUUAUCGCAGAGGCAAUCAGAUCCGCCUUUAUCUGGAUCAAUGAUAAUAAUAUCAAUAACGCUACCAUUUUUUCAGACUCGUUGUCCUCCCUCCAGGUCCUGGCUGACCCAGAACCAAUUUCAAAACUGAUUGAAAAUAUUAAAACAUAUUGGCACAGAGGUAUUACAAUGAAUUGGGUUAAAGCCCACGUGGGGAUCCAGGGCAAUGAGGAGGCCGACGAAGCAGCUAAGGAGGCCAUUGGCUCCGAUAUUAUAGAUCUCCAAGUUCUGAGGAUCCCUAGGCAAGCAAAGACCGAAAUCAAGCGGAUUCUAAUGGCAAGGUGGCAGUACAAUUGGUACAAUUCUGUUAAGGGCCGGCAGACUUUUAAGUUUAUUAAGACCCCGUCAACUACAAGAAUUCAAUCAAAUUUCUACUUAAAUCAAUACCUGACGGGACACGGAGUGUUUGGGACCUACCAAAGGAAGUUUUUCAAUAAGGAUGAUAAAUGUAACAAUUGCGAUCAACCCCCAAACAGUAGAACAUCUUCUAUAUCACUGUUCUCGGUUCCGAGCACUCCGACAACAACACUUCCUCGAGAAGAACGAGCAUCAAAUUUUUGCCAGUAUCAUUUGCCGUAA